CUUGGACGGGUCAUCUCGACAGCAUCAGCAUCACAAGCAAGCCAGCAAGCCAGCAAGCAAUCUAUACAGACAAGCACACACGUUCGGUGUAAACACGCACACAACAUGAGCAAGAGCUUCGAUGCGGCCAAUAUGGCGAACUACUCGAUCGAGAAAUUGUUCGAUGUCAACGGCCUCGUCUGUGUCAUCUCUGGCGGAGGAACGGGGAUCGGCCUGAUGCUCACCCAGGCACUCGCCGCCAAUGGAGCCAAAGUCUACAUCGUUGGCGAUCGGGGCAAUGCAGAAGAUGCUGCUGUUGAGCAGUACAAUGGCAAUAUCAAGGGCAAAAUUAUUGCAGUCAAGGCCGACAUGCGCACCAAAGACUCCAUCGCCACGCUCGUCAAAGAGAUCGAAUCCAAGGAGAGCUACGUCGACCUGGUCAUCCCCAACGCAGGCAUUGCAGGUCCGGGUCUCGAUCCUGCCGAUGAUGACGCAGAGGAGCAAGGCAAGAGGCUCUUCGACGCAGACUAUGACGAAGCGCUCAACCUGUUCAAGACGAACGUCCUAGGCUACUACUACCUUUCGGCUGCUUUCAUUCCCCUCCUCUCCAAAGCGCCUGGCAGCCCACAGAUCGUCUCUAUCACAUCCAAUGCCGCUUUCGGCAGAACGUCGAUGGUCGGACCUCUGUACUCUGCUAGCAAAGCAGCCAGUGUCCACCUGGCAAAGAUGCUGUCUACCCACCUGAGUAAGACGAAUAUCAGAGUCAACACAAUCGCCCCCGGUCUCUUCCCAGCUGAACUCACCAAGGGCGACAGUGAUUCGAAGAACAAGUCUCAACUGGGAGACAGCACCAUCGGACUCAACAUACCACGAGGACGGCCGGGCACUGAUCUCGAGAUGGCACACGCCAUCCUCUUCCUCGCAUCACGAAACCAAACAUACACCAAUGGCUCCGUCGUCAUGAUCGAUGGCGGCGUGCUCACCCAAAUGCCAUCGACAUAUUAGACUAGACACUGAACUCGUAGCAGCAUAGAAUGCAUCAGAACUUUUUGACAAGUC